AUGGAGCCUCUCAGCCUGCAGGUGCUGGUGGUUGUAACAGGGAGCUUCCUGGGCUUCCAGUGGCUGUUCCACAGAGGUAGCCCUUGGUUGUCUGAGAAGCUCUGCAAAGGCUUCCUGAGGCUCAGACCUACACAAAGGACAGAGUGGAACUCCAGGGCCGUCUCAACGGUACACGCCUUGGUUGUGGGACUUUUCUGUCUCUACAUAUAUAUCUUUGAUGAACCUAUCCAGAAAGACCCAGUCUGGGGAGAUGCCACACUGGUGAAGCUAAAUGUGGCCAUUACCUCAGGCUAUCUUAUAUCAGAUCUCCUGCUCAUGUUUACUUCAUGGGAGUCAAUUGGAGAGAAAUAUUUUGUCAUACAUCAUUUUGCUGCUCUCUAUGCAUACUACUAUGUGCUG